GACUACAGUUAUCUGUGAGUAUAAGAUCAAAUGUUUAGCAUUUAGUAACGUGAUAAUUGUAGGUCCUACUCCAACGAUUACUAUUCACCCAAAUAAAGCAGCCAAAUUUUCUGUUCCAAGCAGCAGUUUACAGACAUUUGGCGGAGAAAGGGUCAACAAAGAAUUUGAGUUCCGAAGGAGGUUGUGGUAGCCCCAGAGGCUCGUGGGAAAUGUAGUACUAUUGUCUGCAACAUGGCGGCGUCCGGGUGAAAGGGUGUCAGAGCAUAGCUGGUCAGGCUGCACCGGGGAAGGCUGGCGAUUGACAAAGCAGCUGGGAGCUGAACAUUUCUGUAUUACUAUGAAUAUCAAUCAUAAAGGUGUUUUGAAACUCACUAAAAUGGAAAAGAAGUUCUUAAGGAAACAGAGUAAAGCCAGGCAUGUGUUGCUGAAACAUGAAGGCAUCCAGGCAGUGUCUUAUCCCACUCAGAGCCUGGUUAUUGCCAAUGGUGGGCUGGGUAAUGGCGUAAGUAGGAAACAACUGCUUUUGACUUUAGAGAAAUGUGGACCUGUGGAAGCUCUCCUCAUGCCACCUAAUAAGCCAUAUGCAUUUGUAAUAUUCCAAACCAUUGAAGAAUCCAAGAAAGCCUAUUUUACCCUCAAUGGAAAAGAAAUCAUUGAUGAUUUGGGGCAGAAGAUCUUUCUGUACUUGAAUUUUGUUGAAAAAGCACAAUGGAAAAAAAUGGGACUUCAAGCCUUACCUCCAGGCCUUUUGGUGGUAGAAGAAAUUAUUUCUUCUGAGGAGGAGAAAAUGCUUUUGGAAAGUGUUAAUUGGACAGGAGAUACAGGCAAUCAGAAUUUUCAAAGGUCCUUAAAACACAGAAGAGUAAAACAUUUUGGUUAUGAAUUUCACUAUGAGAACAACACUGUGGAUAAAGAUAAGCCCUUACCUGGGGGUCUUCCUGAGAUUUGCAGUAGCAUUUUGGAGAAGUUGUUGAAAGAAGGUUAUAUUAAACAUAAACCAGACCAGUUGACCAUAAAUCAAUAUGAACCUGGGCAUGUUUGUCUUUGCUCCAAGAUUGUUAUGGAUUUCAAGCACCCAGAGGGUGCCACAGUACAAGUUAUGUUACCUCGUCGGAGUUUGCUGGUGAUGACAGGAGAAUCUAGAUACCUUUGGACUCAUGGAAUUACACCUCGAAAAUUUGAUACCGUCCAAGCAUCUGAGCAAUUUAAAGGGGGAAUAAUCACCAGUGACAUUGGAGACUUGACGUUAAGCAAGAGGGGAAUACGCACAUCCUUUACGUUUAGAAAAGUGAGGCGAAUGCCCUGCAAUUGUAGUUACUCCUCAGUCUGCGACAGACAAAGGAAGGCCACACCUCCAUCCCUUCCAGAGAGCAGUAAAGAAGCAUUGGAGUUAGAGCAAAAGCAUGUCCAUCAUGUGUACAAUGAGAUUGCAAGUCACUUCAGCAGCACAAGACAUAGCCCAUGGCCACGCAUAGUAGAGUUCCUGAAAGCUUUGCCAAGUGGUUCCAUAGUGGCAGAUAUUGGAUGUGGAAAUGGAAAAUACCUUGGCAUCAACAAGGACUUAUAUAUGGCAAGUAAUUGUGCUACUUCUUCUUUUUUUUAAUUUAAAAACAAAUGGGGAGGAUAUUGUUCAUACAUGAG